CCAGCGGGACUUCCUGGAGAUGGACGGGGACGACCCCCGAGCUCGGGUCCCUGGCGCACCCAGAACCGGACCCACGCAGCGCCACACAGGUCAGACCCGGCUGGCUGCCUUGGUUUGAGACCACCAGGAGAGAGAAGAAAGGGUGCUUGAUGCGACUGUCAGAGGCGGGUCCCUCCUAGCGCGCUCACCUGCGGGGCGCACAGGUGCCUGUAGGCAUUGGGGAGCUCAGACUCAGGCAGAAGCAUGCCAAGAGAAGAGGCGGGGUGCCUGGAGCUGGCCUUCCCGCCAGCUGAGCUGAGCCGAGCAGCGCGCUUGCUCUCCCCAACGCCCCGCUCCCUGUAAGGGUCCUCCCAUCAGGGGUCCGCGGAAUUGGCCCUUGGUGCUUUAAGGGGCGGGGCCUGUUGGCGGCCCGCGGGCCGCGUCAUCAAGUCGCGCCCGCAGCCUCGGCUCUCCACGUGGACUCGGUGGCAUCAUGGCGGGAGCCGAGGCCCCCCAGCCGCAGAAGCGCUAUUACCGGCAGCGCGCCCACUCCAACCCCAUGGCGGACCACACGCUGUGCUACCCUGUGAAGCCAGAGGAGAUGGACUGGUCUGAACUUUACCCAGAGUUCUUUGCUCCGCUAACUCAAAAUAAGAGCCAUGAUGAUCCAAAGGAUAAGAAGGACGAGCAGUCCGGGGCCCAAGUGGAGUUUGCAGACAUAGGCUGUGGCUAUGGUGGUUUGUUAGUGGCACUGUCACCACUCUUCCCAAACACCCUGAUCCUGGGUCUGGAGAUCCGGGUAAAGGUGUCAGACUACGUGCAAGACAGGAUCCGGGCUCUCCGGGCGAAUCCCGGAGGCGGAUUCCAGAACAUCGCCUGUCUGCGCAGUAAUGCCAUGAAGCACCUUCCCAACUUCUUCCGCAAGGGCCAGCUGAAGAAGAUGUUCUUCCUCUUCCCCGACCCGCAUUUUAAGCGAACGAAGCAUAAAUGGCGAAUCAUCAGCACCACGCUCCUGGCGGAAUAUGCCUACGUGCUGCGAGUUGGGGGUCUGGUGUAUACCAUCACCGAUGUGCUGGAACUGCACCAGUGGAUGUGUACCCAUUUUGAAGAGCACCCACUGUUUGAGCGUGUGUCUCUGGAGGAGCUGAGUGAAGAUCCCAUCGUGGAACAUCUAGGCACGUCAACUGAGGAAGGAAAGAAAGUUCUGCGCAAUGGAGGGAAGAAUUUCCCAGCCAUCUUCCGAAGAAUACAGGACCCCAUCCUCCAGGUGGUGACCCCCAACCCCACGCUGCCUGACCACUGACGUCUUACCCUGCCUCAGCUGGACUCGCUCUGCUAGUGACUGGAAGGAAGAUCAGCCCCCAUUCCAGGCCCCCUGAGACUGGGGGGACAGAGGCCACGAUCUCUCUGAGACGUGCAGCCUGCGUUCUUACCGUCACUGACUACUGCUUUCUUGGCCCUCCACUGUCAGAAGAAAGCAAAAGAAGCUGACUGAGAAGGUCAGAGGACCUUGGACCAGAGGGUGUAUUUGGAGGGUGUGGGGAUUUGUUCUCUUCCCUCCACCUUGUGGGGUUUCUCCUCAGCCCGAGUGAAGGGUGCAGUGACCCACUGUCUAAGCGGAGGGUUUGGCUCAGGUCCCACCCCCACCCCACCCUCGUUAUGUUUACUUUGCAGUCCUGGGGAUAAUGUGUGUGUCCACGUGCCCAUGCCGCUGUCCCCAGGAAGGCGGGGAUGUAUCACAUGCCUCCUCCCAUCUUCUCUCUGUGUACGAUCCAACCUGGACCAUCUGUGCUGCCACCAUUGUACAUGUCCCUGUAGUGCUGAGGGCAAGAGGGCACUCACCCUUGCCUUUAUCGGGUUGACCUUUGAUUCCAGAAUCUCCAAGCUGA